AUUUUUCAUUAAAUUAAAUUAAAUAUUGUUGUGUACCGUUUAGGGGAACGUCAAUUUCUAAAAUGUGAAAUAUAUCACUUUUCAUGAUUAAAGUUAUCUAAUGUUGGAUCUAAGUAUGUGUGAUUCUAUUCGACACGUUCCAUAACCUAAGAGAAAAAAUUCCAUAAUCUAAGAGAAAAAAUUAAACUAAGCUUAAGAAUCGGUUAAAUUUGUGUUUUCUCGAGAUUGUUCAAUAUUUUGAAAAUUUGCGAUUCGCACCCUUGACAGUCAUUUUAUGCAAUUCUACACUUUAUCCUUCCAUUAGUCGGCAAAUUUGACCUUAAAAAUCUGAUCAAGAUCGGUGCUUGUUGGAUAAAAAUGAACACAAAUGUGGUUGAGCAUUAUAUUGACUAUAGUGACAACUUAUACCAGCAGUCCCACAACACUGUAAAUACCCCUAGAAUCGGUCCGAAUAGACUUCGAAGGAACUCGAGCUUUCCUGUGAUUUUUUACAGAAAUGAUCAAAUUUCCAGACGGAAUCGAAACAACGAACCACUCUCAACCAAUCGCCACACAACACCAAAUCGACAACUCUCAUCACCAAUCCCUAACAUAAGCUUGACGAAUCGGCAUUCGGAGAUAAUGCGAAUCCAUGAGGAACUUUCAAGGUACCACAACGUAAUACAGUCGCAACUACGGAACUCACCCACAUUCAACUCUUUCCAACACAUUAACACCGAUAACGGGGUUAAUGUGCACGGGGUUAACCCUGUUAACGGUGUGAAUAUUGCCAGAGUAAAUGGUGUGAACCCUGUCAACAGUGUGAACAAUGUGAACAGUGUGAGAGAUGUGAGGAAUGUGACGCCUCGUAACUCUAUUGGUAAUGAUUACAUUUUUGUAACAAAUGGUAGAGAUAAUUCCCGUGUGAAUAGUUUUGACACGCGCAGUUUCAGCAGGAUUAACAGUGACUCGCACUUGAACCUGAACCAGAUUUCCACAAUUCCAACCCAGUCAAUCACAUUAGUAGAGCCUGUGGAACUUCAGUUACCGCCUGAAAUCAUCGAAUCCUUCCCUGUCAAUAGUUUUACGUCAGACCCACUGGAGCUUGACGAGAGCCUAAGAUCUUGCUCUGUGUGCCUUGAAGAGUAUCAGCAGGGCACGGAAAUUAGAAGAUUGCCCUGCACACACUCGUUUCACAAGAACUGUAUCGAUACAUGGCUCAGGAAAAGCACCAUCUGUCCCAUCUGCAAAUUCAACUACAUCGUCAUGCUACAGAUUUAAUAUUCUAACUAUAUA